CACGGCGAUCAGCGGGUCACAGAGCUGGACGAUGGCGUCCAAGCGCAAGGCGGCCGCCGAGCAUACGGAGGCGCAGCAGCCAGGCGCCGGCCGGAGCAUGCGGCAGCGCAAGAAUCAGGGCCCGUACGUGGACGACGACCCCAGCCUGCUCGCGUCGCUCGCGUAUCUCGAGGCGGAGCACACUGCCCGCCCGUACCGCGUCGACCAAGAGGCGGCCACGAUGGCGGGCUUGCAGCCGCACAAGCUGCACCCGUUCGAGCGUGCGUGCACCGCGCUCCCCGCCAAGCUCAAGCAAAACGCCGCCCGGCUCACCACAAUCCGCAACCACAUCCUCGGUCGGGCUCAAAAGACACCAUCCAAGUUCCUCACGCUUGCGGACGCGAUCCGCGGGCUGGGGAGCGAGUUUCGCGGCUCGGGGGCGCACGCCGCGGAUGCCGCCUCCGUCUACACCUGCCUCAAUCACCACAACUACAUCAACGUCGGAGUGAUGGACGACCACCCGCAGCGGCUGCUCGGCCGCGCCGGCGGGGGGUGCGCUGCGGGCUUUCCUGAGGGCACGCGGCUGAGGGUAGUGGUCAUCGGCGCCGGCGCGUCGGGGCUCGCGGCAGCGAGGCAGCUCGCCCUGCACGGGCACGAGGUGAUCGUCCUUGAGGGGCGAGAGCGGAUCGGCGGGCGGGUGCACACGGCGAGCGUGCGGGGCGCGAGCGUCGACCUCGGCGCCAUGGUCGUGACGGGCGUGCCCGGCAACCCGAUGGCGGCGCUCGCGCGGCAGACAAAGUCUCGCAUGCACCUCAUCUCGAGAGGAUGCCGCAUCUACGCCGCCGACGGGCGCAGCCCUCCGGCCGAGCUUCUGCCCGGGCCCCGAGGUGCCGCGAUGGAGCAGGAGUGGAACGGCCUGCUGGAUGAGUGCAAGGCGACUUGCCGCCCCGAGCCGGCGCCCGACGCAUCGCUCGGCGCGACCCUGCGCAGGAUGGUGCGCGAGCGGCGCGAGAAGUGGCGCGGCCUAGCGCAGCGGAUCUCGGCGGCGCGCGCCGAGAGCGGCGUCGCGCGCGCGCGGGACGAGGCGGGAGCGUGCGCCGUCUCUCCACACCGGUGUGAGGAGUGCAAGCAGUGCUUCCUCACGGUGGACAAGCUCGACCGCCACCGGCUCUGCUGCUUGCCCGACCCGUCCGGCGUGGUCGUGCGCUCGGAGAAGGCCUUCUCGGGCUACGAGGGCGUCGUCUCGUCUCAGAUCCGAGACAAGUGGGAGGCGUUCCUCGUCUCGGACCACGGGUACGGCCGCAAGCGGCGCCGCAUCGGCGAGACGUACGAGACGGCCGAGGCGGCGGCGCGCGCCUACGCCACCGCGUGCCGGGAGAUGCUGCACGCCGAGGCGGCGGCGCAGGCGGAGGCGGCGGCGCAGGCGGAGGCGGCGGCGCAGGCGGAGGCGGCGGCGCAGGCGGAGGCGGCGGCGCAGGGCGAGCCAGAGGUCGAGGUGGCUAGCCAGGUAGGCCACAGCCAAGGAGACUUACCGCCGCCGGAGCCGCCGCCGCCGGAGCCGGAGGGAGAAGUUGUGCGGCCGAAGUCUGAGCCGGCGGCGCCGUCAGCGCCGGAGGAGGCGCCGGCGCCGACAAUGCCGGAGGAGGCGCCGGCGCCAACGGCGACAGAGGAGGCGUCGUUUCUGUCGGCGCCGCCAUCGCCGCCGGCCGACGACGAGGUUGGCGCGGGAGGCGGCGGGCGGGUGCAAGAAGAGUCUCUUUCUCGCUCGGAGGCGGGGGCGGAGUCGGAGCGGGAAGGCGGUGCUCAGACGGCGGCAGGAACGGCAGCGGGCGGCGCCGAGGCGGGAGGGAGCGGCGGCGCAAGUAUGGGAGGGAGCGGCGGACGAGGCGGCGGCAUGGCGGGCGAUGCACCGCCCGGGUUGCCGUCCGCCGCCGCCCCCAAAGGGCCGCCGGAGGCCGCGUCCGCUCCGGCCCCGCCUCGUGUGGAGGCCCCGCCUGCGGCUCCCGCCCCCGCGGCGUCGGGCGGGAGGACCGCAGGGAGGACCGUCUCGUUUAGCUGCUCGAGCUGCGCCAAGAAGCUCAUCCUGCGCCUGAGCGCCUCGCAGCUCGCCUCGCCCACGCCCAUCACCUGCUCGUGCUCGAGCUGCGGCUCCGUCUUGAAAAUCAACCUGCCGCCCUCCGACAAGGCGAAGCCGAAGCCGCCGCCGCUGCCACCGCCGAGCGCCGCGGCGCCGGGGCCGUCUUCGCUCCGCCCCCCGCCCGCGCCCAAGCCGGCCAAGGGCGGCGCAGCGCCGAGCGCGGCGCCGAAGACGGUUGAGCGCACCUUCCAGUGCUCGUGCGUGAGCUGCGGCGCCAAGCUCCGCUUCACGCUCUCCUGCCCUCCCAACGCGUGCACCGCCUCCACCAAGUGCGCGAUGUGCCACGCCGAGCUGCGCGUGCGCAUCCCCUCGCUCAAGCCGCCCGCGCCAGGCGCCGAUCCGUCCCCCGGCGCCAGCAGCGAGCGGACCCGCGCGUGGGCGUGCGGCGUGCGGGACGCCGCCUUCGCCGAGGAGGAGCGGGAGGACACGGAGGCGCCGCUGCCGCUGCCCGAGGCGCUGCUGCACUGGCAUUGGGCCAACCUAGAGUACGCCAACGGGACGCAGCUCCACUCCCUCUCCAACCGCUGGUGGGACGCCGACGACGAGUUCGACUUCGGAGGCGGCCACUACCUGCUGCCCGACGGGUACGGCGGGCUGCUGCGCAAGGUGGCUGCUGGCCUCGACAUCCGGCUUGGGCACGAGGUCAAGACGGUCAAGAAGGAGCCGCGCGGCGUGCUCGUCGAGGCGGUCAACGGAGGCAGCCCGGUCAUCUUCACGGCGGACGUCGCCAUCUGCUCGCUCCCGCUGGGCGUGCUCAAGGCCGGCGCGGUGGUGUUCGAGCCGCCGCUCCCGCCGCGCAAGCAGGAGGCGAUCGAGCGACUCGGCUUCGGGUCGCUCAACAAGGUGCUGCUCGGCUUCGAGCGGCCCUUUUGGGAGGAGCGCGAGGGCGGCCGCGACUUUUGGGGGUGGACGGCGCCCAACGGGCGCAGGCGCGGCGAGGCCUUCCAGUUUUGGAACCUGCAGCGCUCCACGGGACGGCCUCUGCUGCUGGAGGACACGCGCGAGGAGGCGAAGGAGGCCGCCAUCCGCGCGACGAUGGACGCUCUGCGCGCCAUCUUUGGGGAGGAGGCCGUGCCGGCGCCGACGCUCAAGCUGGCCACCCAGUGGGAGCACGAGCACUUUUCGCGCGGCGUCUACUCGCACGUCGCCGUCGGCGCGACGGCGCGCGACUACGACGUGCUCGCCGAGCCGCUGUGGGGCGACUCGCUCCUCUUCGCGGGCGAGGCGACCUCGCGCGAGCACCCGGCGACGGUUGUAGGUGCCUUCCUCAGCGGCUUGCGCGAGGCCGGCCGGAUUGAUUGCGCGCUGCACCCGAAGCUGCCGACGCAGCCGGCCGCCGCGCUGGCGCGGCGAGGCAGCGCGCCACGGCCUCCGGCAGCGGCGCCCGCGCCGCCCGCGCCGCCCGCGCCGCCCGCGCCGCCCGCGCCCGCCGCGCCAGUGGCGCCCGCCGCGGCAAGCCCCGCGCCCGCCGCGCCCGCCGCCCCAGUGGCGUUGGAGCGUCCUGUGGCAGCGGAGCGCCCGGCCGCUGUGCCUGCGCUGCCCGUUGCGCCGCCGCCCGCCGGGUUUCCUGAUGCACU